GUCUAACCUGUCUGUCUCUCUGUCUGUCUCUCUGUCUCUCUGUCUAACCUGUCUGUCCUCAGAGACCUCCACUGGGGUAAUGUCUGUCUGUCUGUCUAACCUGUCUGUCCUCAGAGACCUCCACUGGGGUAAUGUCUGUCUGUCUAACCUGUCUGUCUGUCUAACCUGUCUGUCCUCAGAGACCUCCACUGGGGUAAUGUGUUGGUUCAGUCCACUAAGGAGAAGGAGGGAGUUUCCUCCUCAAUGGAACAAACCAUUCCUUAGAGACCAGGGGGUGAGCGUACGCAUCAUCGACUACUCCCUCUCCAGGCUCGAGAUCGAUGGUCUCACCGUGUCCUGUGACAUCUCAGAGGAUGAGGAGUUGUUCCAGGGCCAUGGAGACCUGCAGUUUGACAUCUACAGACUCAUGAGACAGGAGAACGGUAACAAGUGGGGUGACUACCAGCCCCAUUCCAAUGUGUUGUGGCUCCACUACCUGAGCUCCAAGCUGCUGACUAUGACCUAUAAGAGUCGAGGGGGGCGGGGCGUCAAGCAGGCCAGGUUGGACCUGCAGCGUUUCCACGACGAUGUCCUCACCUUCCGAUCUGCCUCUGACAUACUGUACAACUGUGGCCUGUUCCAAUGAGAGAGAGUGUGUGUGUGUGUGUGUGUGUGUGUGUGUGUGUGUGUGUGUGUGUGUGUGUGUGUGUGUGUGUGUGUGUGUGUGUGUGUGUGUGUGUGUGUGUGUGUGUGUGUGUGUGUGUGUGUGUGUGUGUGUGUGUGUGUACUGCCACAUAUUGUUGUUGUUAGCUUGGUUAGCGGGAUGCUAAGUGGUUAGCGGGAUGCUAAGUGGUUAGCGGGAUGCUAAGUGGUUAGCCAGGAUGCUAAGUGGUUAGCGGGAUGCUAAGUGGUUAGCAGGAUGCUAAGUGGUUAGCCAGGAUGCUAAGUGGUUAGCGGGAUGCUAAGUGGUUAGCGGGAUGCUAAGUGGUUAGCCCUAUAGCGGUAGGCUACAGUAUUGUGUAGAAUCCAGUCGUAACCUUUUUUGGAGGUGAACUCUUCUUGUGAACAAUAUUUAUAAACCCAGAAGACUGUAAUGGCUUUGUAUUCUAAAAUUAAAAAGGGGUUUUGUUAUUAAACGUUGAAUUAAGAAACGAUGACCAAAAA